AUGUCUCUAUUAGAUGAUUACAUGGAGUCGUCAGAGGCGGCUCAUGGCACCUCAACUGUACAAUAUGGCGCAGAUACUUACAUUCCCACCAACGGUUUUGAUGGUCUAGAUAAUGUUCGAUUGGAAACAGGCUAUGUGUCGACAGGAUUCGGUCAAAUUGAGGAACCUAUUUUUGGCAUCGACUAUGUUCAAUUUCAAAUGCCUGCCAAGCUAGUGGAUAUGGCUGUUUCCAAUAAUAUCUUGAUUGUUGCCUUAGAUACCUUUCGUUUAUUAAGAAUUGAUUUAGAUAACCCUCUCGAAGUCGAAGAGAUUGAAAUAUCACGUAAACCCAGUGAUGGAAAAGUCAAGCAAAUCUUUUUUGAUCCCACAGGUCGACAUUUAAUCAUCACCACCGACCAUGGCGAAAAUUAUUAUCUUUAUGAGAAAUGGAGAAGAACCAAACAACUGCCUAAAUUUAAGGGCGUGACGAUCACUUCCAUCGCAUGGAAUAAACAAUCCACACUAACAGACCCAUCCACCCGAGAAAUCCUUAUCGGUACCAAAAAUGGUCUUAUUUACGAGACAUGCUUAGAACCCACCGACGAAUACUUUCGCAGAGAAGAAAAAUACUUUAAGCAAGUCUAUUCUAUUCAUGAAUCUACCAUGCCCGUCACAGGUCUUUAUUUCGAACAAUUCCCCGUCAACAACCGAAAGUAUUUUGUAAUGGCUACCACCACCACUAGAAUCUAUCAAUUUAUUGGCUUCAUCGGCCCCAACAGUGGCACGCAUUCACCUGCUGCUACCGGAGGUGGUUUUGGUGCUGCAGGUGCAGGUGGCGGUGAGGAGGAUCGUGGUGAAAGAGCCAUGUUUGAAAACCUCUUUUCCAAUUACGAUGUGAAUCCCGGCUAUCAGGAAUUACCGGGUGAAUUACCUCACAGUGAACUGCAUUUCUUUAGUCGAUUUCAUGAGUUGCAACAACAAGGUAUUGCUGAAUCUUUUGCUUGGCUGACAGGUCCCGGGAUCUAUCAUGGUGCCCUUGUUUAUGGAUCUCAAAACGUAGGUGAUAGUGUGGUGGAUGACGUUCAGCUGUUACAAUACCCUGCUACACCUUCCGACGAUGACUCUGGAAAAUUAGUAACAGAAAUUCCCAUUUCAGUUGCCCUGACCGAAUUUCAUUUUGUCUUGUUGUAUAAAGAUCGCGUACGAGCCAUUUGUCAAUUAAACGAUCAAAUCGUCUACGAAGAAAUGAUCCCUGUGGGACAAGGAGAAACCGUAAUCAGUAUGGCAGUAGACGAUAUUAAAAAGACAUUUUGGGUAUACACCACUUUGGCCAUGUACGAACUCAGUAUCAAUAACGAAGAACGCGAUGUAUGGAAACUUUAUUUGGAAAAGAAACGAUAUAAUUCUGCAUUAAGAUAUUGUAAGGAUCCUGCACAAAAGGAUAAGGUUUUUACAGCACAGGCCAAGGAUUAUUUUAGUCAAAGACGCUACAAGAUGAGUGCAGAGAUUUUUGCUGAUAGUACCGUACCUUUUGAAGAAGUUACAUUAAUGUUUGUUGAAAAAGGUGAAGUGGAUGCGUUACGUGUCUACUUAACUAAUAAACUUAAUCGGUUACGAAAGAAUGAUCAAACACAAAAAACAAUUGUGGCGACAUGGUUAGUCGAGAUCUAUCUGUCUAAAUUAAACGAAUUAGAAGAUCUGGCUUCGUCUGCCCAUUGUUCUCCUACACCCAACGAAGCCACGAGUUUGAUACCCAAUACAGAAGCUUAUUUCUUGGAACAAUUGGACGAUGUACGUGACGAAUUUAAAUCAUUUUUGGAAUCCUACAAUGGUAACUUGCACCGCCCCACUACCUAUAAAUUGAUUGCCAGUCAAGGACGGAACGAUGAAUUUUUAUUCUUCGCUUCCUUAAUUGGAGACUAUGAUAAAGUCAUUAGUCAUUGGAUUACAGAGAAGAAUUGGAGCAAAGCACUGACCGUCUUGAGUAAAGAGGCAGACCCAGACGUGUUUUACAAAUUUUCACCCGUCUUGAUGGAAAAUGAUCCUUAUGAGACAAAUCAAGCAAUACGUUACUUAUCUCAUGUUGUAACAUCUCUUAAUAAUACCGACCCUGCUAUUCAUAACUUCUUGUUGACAUUAUAUGCCACACAAAAAACCGCAGAUGAAACUGCAUUAUUGACCUUUUUGAAGAACGAAGGCCGUGAAAUGCAUUAUAACUUGGAUUAUGCAUUACGGUUAUGUACACAAAACGGCCGUACACAAAGUUGUGUUCAUAUUUAUAGUCAAAUGGGACUUUAUGAAGAAGCUGUUAACCUCGCACUCAAGAAUCACGAUGUAGAAUUGGCACGUAUCAAUGCUGAUAAGCCAGAAGACGACGAUGUAUUGCGUAAAAAGCUUUGGUUAACCAUUGCCAAACAUGUUGUGCAAGACAACAAGGAUAUCAAGACGGCACUUGAAUUUCUGAAGCAAAGUAACUUGUUAAAGAUUGAAGAUAUUCUUCCCUUCUUUCCUGACUUUGUAUUGAUCAAUGAUUUCAAGGUAGAUAUCUGA